AGAGGAUGUAAGACAUCCCUUACAGGAGAAACCCCAUGGCAGAGAAGAAUGAGGCUAAGAAAACAAAAGUCUUCCACAGGAGGAGGCCAAGAACCUGAUGCUCAUGAAGCUGAAAAUGCAGAUUCUCAUGUCAACACUCAGGUUGUGCAGACCACCAGUGAAUCAGUCCCCAUUGCUUCCACUCCAAAUGCAACAAGUUCAAGAAAAAGAAGAAAUACUUCUAGUUCUCAACCACAACAAACUUCAUCAAGAAGAAUUACCAGAUCUUGCAGUUCACACCCACCACAGUCCCUGGACAAACAUUGUUGAACAUGGGGGUGCUUCAAUUUGAAUAGAUGUCAUAUAAUUGCUGAGAAGAUGUCUGGGCUUAAUGUUAUUGUGAUGUAAUUGUAAUUGUAACUGUGAUGAAUGUAGC